ACAUCGAGUGAAUGAAGUUCCUGACAAAUUAGGAUUAGGAUAGUUCCUUCCGCUCACCCAGAGGCUUUUACUUGUAAAGAUUUUCGUCAUUCCAUUACACGCAAUAAACAUUUCUUCUAUAUCAUGCAUUAUUCUAAUUCCCUCCGCAAAUUUUCUCUCCCACACCCUAAUGCGCUCAUCCCAAGCCGAAACGCCUUCCUCACCUUCCUAACCAGCACCGCCAUCUGGCUCUUGUUGUUUUCGUUUUUUCGUCAUAUUUAUUGGCGAGACCCACACUCUGCAUUUUUCGAUAGCACACAUGUCUAUGAAAAAGACUAUUCUUAUCGACGCCAAUCCUCUGGGUUAUCAUUUCUAGACGAUCUGGUCGAGAGCAAUCAAACAUCUUUGUUCAGUAAUUCUACUUCAAAUCUUUCGGGAGACUCAGAUGGAGAUGGCGAUACAGAGGUUCCGGAUAUGUGUAUAGCAUACGUAACCAUUAAACGCGACAUGCAGGAUAGGAAUGAAGGAAGACAAUAUAUCGAUGCAGCGCUAGGAACUAUGAUAGAUGGAUUAAGUGAGGAGGAAAGAAAGAGUGUGUGGAUUUAUGUGUUAUUUGCAGACAUGGAUCCAAGUGUUCAUCCGUUAUGGGAGGAAGAAUGGCUGGGGAGAGUAGUAGAUGAUUUUGGUGGAUAUGAAGUUGGAGGGGAGAGGAGAGAGUGGCUAGAGGAAUUGAUGAAGCAAAAGGAAUGGCAGAUUAAAGGAGUUUUCGAUUAUGUAUACGCGUUAAGCCGCUGCUACGAUACCCACGCUCCUUAUAUAGCAAUAAUGGAGGACGACAUUGUAUUCGCUCAUGACUGGUUUCAGCGCACUAUUUCUGCUCUCAAUAAAAUCGAGUAUCUCUCUCAAAGCCCUGGAGAUAAGUUUUAUAAUUGGAUAUAUUUAAGACUUUUCUACACAGAAACGUUUCAACCGUGGAGCGAAGAGGUAGAUUUUUGGUAUCGGCAUAGAUAUUUUCUGCUGUUUUUUGCUGCUCCUCUCUGCACAAUUACUGCUCUUAUAUUUAUACGAAGCAAAAUCGGCGAGAAAAGGGAAAUGGGAGGUUGGUUGGAUAACUGGACGAUUUUUGUUAUAGGAGUGGUGGUUGUACCAGCCUUCAUAACUCUGGGGUUCAUGGUUGGGAAACACAACUUGCCGUGGUGGGAAUUCAGAGGGAAAGACGUGGUGAAGAUGAAUAGUGGAGGAUGCUGUACACAGGCUAUGGUUUUUCCGAGGGAGCAGGUGGAGGGAUUGAGGAGUUAUUUGACGGGAAGGAAAAGUGGCCAGACGGAUUUGAUGAUUGAGGAUUAUGCGGAAAAAGAGGGUAUGGAAAGACUGGCACUUGGGAAACAGGUUGUGCAACAUGUGGGAGUAAAGAGCUCGAGAGGUGAUAAUCAAAUCAACGCUAUGAGUACUUGGGCAUUCCACUUUGAGGAAUACGACAAAGUUUCCAUGUUCGGAAACUCGGUUUAUGAAGAAUCUUGAUCUGGAAAAUUGGAAACUUCCAAGCCAGAGUCAGUCGGAUAAUUGAUAUCGGAGUUGACUUAUAUCGAAAACAUACAUCCUCAUUUUUCCAUAUUUUCAUAUUCUCUAAAUAUGAAAACAAGUCGCUAGUCUCGAAAGUAUGCUAGUAGGAUAUCCACUAAGGAUCUGUUAUCUCCCUCUUUCUCUUCCAACCUCUUGAUCUUCCAUAUCUACAACUACCAUCCCACUGCAGGUAGCUCUGGGUCCUUCCCUUCAGGAGUUUAUGCUACGUAUACUCCAUUUUUAGGGAAUGCUCUACCAACCAUGAUCGCCUUUAGGCACCAGCAUAACAAGUGAGUGUUGUUAGCCGGGAAGCUUGCUAUCUGCGAUCUUACUGCCUUUUGGCAAUAAAACUUUUGGGACUAAGGAGCUUCAGUACAUCUAUUAAAAAUCGGGGCACAGAUAACCUUACUGGAGAAGCGAAGAAAAGGUUGCUCAAAGUACGACGCAUUGUCACGAUGAUCUAGAUCCUUGUUACUUUUCGGCAAUAGCGGUUAGGUGUCGACGUGAUAAUCAGGGAAAAUUAGAAUAUGGAACGAAGAAGAGAAACAAGAUCGAAGAAAUUUAGUGGUUUGGAGCCAAAGAAGAGUGAUAUAUACGUUGGAUAGCCUAAUUUCGAUGGCACUCGCCCAUUCUUGGAUCAGAACUCGAACUGUUCCUUGUUACCUUUUGGAAACAAACAAGGAGUUGAGAUGCGAUUGGUAUGUACACCACGUUCUGAUAUUUUCAGGUCAGAGUUACUCGAAUACUGAGUCCCCAGAUUUGGCAUUGCGAUUUUCCCUAGUAUUUUGGGUAUUUCGAUUGGGAGUUCUCAAUGCGAGGAGAAUUCGGCUUCAUAAUCGGAUUUUUAGACAGUCGAAACAAGACGUUCCAAGCAGUAAAUAACGUAUACGCGAAGGGAAACCUCCUUAUUAAGAUGGUAUAUCAUCUGAUAGUCUGUCAUCUGGUCUUCGGAAAUCGACAGUCUUGUAGUUCUUAGAUA